AUGUCACCGGUGCGGGCAGGGAGAUGGCACCUGGGCAAGCAGGGGGGUGUCACCUGUGCAGGCACGGAGCAGCCUCUCCACAGCAGCCUCUCCCCGAGCAGCCUCUCCACAGCCGCCCGCAGGCCGCCAGGGGCGGGCCGAGGUGUGCGGGGCGGGCGGCGGGGCCGGCACCGCCCGGGGACAGCCAAGCCCUCCCUCGGUGCCUCCCUGCCCGUGGAGGAGGCUCAGCGCAUCCCCCGUGACCGCUGUCAGUCUGUCCGCCCUCGCUCCGCUCCCACCGGGCCUCGCUCGCAGCCGCAUCCCCCGGGCUACAGCCCCGGAGGAGGCCGGGGUUCAAACUGGGAUGUGAAAAAGAAAAGCUCUGGUGCUUUAUCCGAGGGCAAGAGGCUGGAUUUGGGAGCCAUGCCCAGACGCAGAGCCAAAGAAACUUUAUUGGCAACUGCCUGUCCUGGACGGCAGCUGAGACCGGCCGAGGCCCCGGGAGAUGCUGAUGCCGAUGCAGAUGCAGAUGCAGAGGAGGAAGAUUCUGUUACUGAAGUGGCAGUAGAAGACAUUCGUCCAAGGCCACAAGGAUCCUCUCCAGUUUAUGAGUAUCCCGAAGAAGAAGACUAUUUAAAGCUUCAAGAAGAAAACAAAAAACUUUCUACAGAUAAAUCAAAGCAGAGUCAUCCACAGGAGACAAUGGAAGUGACCCUGAAAACAGAAGUGGAAGCUGGAGCUAGUGGUUUUAGUGUAAAAGGUGGAGGAAAUGAAGGAAUAUUUAUUAAAAAAGUACUUAAGGAAUCUCCUGCUUCAAAAAUAUUUAGUCUUAAAGAAGGUGAUCAGCUUCUAAGUGCUACAAUAUUUUUUGAUAAUAUCAAAUAUGAAGAUGCACUCAAGAUUCUCCAAUAUUCCGAGCCUUACAGAGUCCAAUUCAGCCUCAAAAGAAAAAUUUCCGUGCACGAAGAUCUGGAACACUCUUCAGCCCAGCACAAAAAGGAAAGGAUAGGCCAGGAAAAUGAGCUCAGUGAGAGUAUUCCUGAAGAAACACUGCAAGUUUCAGGAAAAUCCAUUUCAGAAGAAGACAGGGAAACAUUAAUUGUAAGCCAAAGAGUAGGAAGAAGUAAGAGACCUAAAAAAGAUCGAUUAUCAUGGCCAAAAUUUCAAUCAAUCAAAAAUAAAAAGAUAUUAAGGCACAGAAGAUCUCAUAGUACAUCAGAUGCAUAUGAGCCUGCUUUGCAGGAUAUUUCUCCUACAAGCACGGACACAGAGUCUCAAUUUCCACAAGAGGUCCAUACCAAAGAGAAAAAAGGAGGCCAAAGGAAGCUGAAGUUCCCUAGCAUUGGAUUCAGAAUGCACAGGUCCAAACCAGAACCACAAGAGAGGCAAAAAAAAGAAAUAAAAACGACACUGAUCUCCGAAAGAAGCCUGGAAAAUCCCGAAAUUUUAACUGUUGAAUAUACCACAUCUCCUGCUUAUGAAAUGAAGACAGGGGAGGGACAUGAAACUUUAACAAAAGACUUAAAAGAAAUUAAAAAUGGCAUUCCAUCUCAUGUAAAACAAUGCCCUGAAGUUGAAAUAAGCAUUAAAAAAGACAAGGAAGCAUCAUCAAAAUUUAAUGUACCUGAAGUGCCAGACAUAACAACAGAGAUACCAAAGCCUAGUUUAGAAACUGCUGAUCUGAAAGUGAGCCCAACUAAAAAAUCACCACAAGCCUCAUCAAAAUCCCGACAAAAGAAACAGAAGGGAACAGCAGAUAAAAAAGAUGGAGAAAGUGGAAUUAACAUAGACUUGAUGGGUCACAGUACUAAAGGAACUGUACAGGUAAAAGGCCUUGAAGUUGGCUCUGCUAAAGUAGAAUUACAGACAUCUGAAACACUGGAAACAGGAGAAAAACAAGCAGAAGAAGACACACAAAUACUAAAUAUUCAGAAAAUAAAUUAUGGAAUUUCAGUGCUCAAAAGAAAAGAGACAGAGACUGACACUACCAAACAGGGAAGUGACGUUCCACAGUCAGUACCAGAAAAAACGGCUGAUAUGACUUCAGAGGACAGCAAGAAUUUCAAUGUGAAAACUGCUUUGCCAGAUGCACAAUCAGACGUAUCUACUUGGAAAAUACAAAUGCCAUCAUUCAAAGUGGCCAAAGCACCUAAAACAGACAUGAAAAUAACAAGAGAAGAAAGCAAAGAGGACACAGAAGAUAGCAUAAAAAAGGAAAGUAUGGAGGAAGAUGCCAUGCCCGCAAAUGACAAAUCCUUAAACAUAGAAAUUGAAAUGAAGAGAGGAGAAAAAGAUAUAGAGGGGAAAGAAAGCAAAUUCAGACUGCCAAAGUUAAAAUUCCCUACAUUUACCUGGUCAAAUACCAAGGAAGAAACACCCCAACUCGAAGCACAGAUAACUGACAGGGAAGUAAAUGUGCAAACCCUGGAAAAUGUAGGAGGACUUCGAGUAAGUGGACCACCAGAAAAAAUUAGGUUACCAAGUGUUCAAACAGAAAUAGGAAUGUUCACAGGAAAAAACGAUGAACACAAUAUAGUAAGAAAACCUGAAGGCGAGUUGCCAAGUCCGAAAAAACCAACUAUAGAAUCUUCCCAAAUGGAAAUAAAACCGGAAGAUACAAAAGGAGAAGUACAGAUUUCAAAACCAAGUAUUGAAAUACAUAAGUGGGAAUUAGAUAAAAAAUCAAAAUCUGAAAUUUCAGAAAUCACACCAUCUAAAACCAAAGCACCAAAGGUGGACAUCAGUCUGCCCUCCAUCAACGUCACUCUUCCGCAAGCCAGCGUUGACCUGCAGGCGCCUGAGGCCAGCCUUAGUCUUGAAGGAGAAGCCAAAGUCCCAGAGAAGGAGGUCACCAAGACCAAGGACGGCAAGUUCAAGAUGCCCAAGUUCGGCAUGCCUUCCUUUGGCUGGUCCGGCAGCAGAGAGGCCAAGGGCACCGUGUCUGCCGAGGUGGACAUCAGCCUCCCGGAGCCUCAGGUGACGGUGCCUUCCGGAACCGUCGAAGUGGAGGUGACCCUGCCCGCGGCCGAUAUCCAAGCGCCCGGUGUGGAGGUGACCGUGGAGACGGGCUCGGUAGCAGCAGAGGGUGAGAAAGGCCGAUUCAAGAUGCCCGACGUCAAGAUGCCCAGCGUCAAGCUGCCCAAAGUCAAAGCUCCCCAGGCGCAGGUCAGCCUGCCCAAGGCCGAGGUCUCGCUGCCCAAAGGCCUGGAGGGCGAAGUCGCCCUGCAGGGCCCCGAGGCCGAAGCCAGCCUGGAGGUGGCCGCUGGCAAAGCGGAGGGCGGCGGCAUGAAAAUACACAUGCCCAAAGUCAAGGUGCCCAGCGUGGUCUUCUCCAAGCCCACCAUCAAGUCUCCCAAACUGGAGGCAGACGUCAGCCUCCCGCAGGCAGAGCUCAAGGCCACCGACAUCACUGUCACGGCCCCCGAUGUCAAGCUGCCCUCCGUUGAAGGCUCCCUCGAGCUCCAGGCGCCCGACGUAGAUGUCAAAGCUCCCUCCGCCAAGGGCAAGCUGGAGCUGGAAGGCACGGGCCUGAAAGGCAAGCUCAAGAUGCCCAAAUUUGACAAGCCCAAAUUCACAGUCUCCUCCCCCAAGGCCGAGGUGCCCACAGCCGAGGUCAGCCUGCCCAGCGCUGAGGUUGAGCUGCCAUCGGCCACCGUGACGGCCUCAGCCGAGGGCACUGGCGUGAAGCUGGAGAAGCCCUCCCUCAAGAUGCCCAAAGCUGACAUCAAAGCUCCCAAGGUGGACGUCACUCUGCCCUCCGUCGAUGUCACUCUUCCGCAAGCCAGCGUUGACCUGCAGGCGCCUGAGGCCAGCCUUAGUCUUGAAGGAGAAGCCAAAGUCCCAGAGAAGGAGGUCACCAAGACCAAGGACGGCAAGUUCAAGAUGCCCAAGUUCGGCAUGCCUUCCUUUGGCUGGUCCGGCAGCAGAGAGGCCAAGGGCACCGUGUCUGCCGAGGUGGACGUCAGCCUCCCGGAGCCUCAGGUGACGGUGCCUUCCGGAACCGCCGAAGUGGAGGUGACCCUGCCCGCGGCCGAUAUCCAAGCGCCCGGUGUGGAGGUGACCGUGGAGACGGGCACGGUAGCAGCAGAGGGUGAGAAAGGCCGAUUCAAGAUGCCCGACGUCAAGAUGCCCAGCGUCAAGCUGCCCAAAGUCAAAGCUCCCCAGGCACAGGUCAGCCUGCCCAAGGCCGAGGUCUCGCUGCCCCCCAAAGGCCUGGAGGGCGAAGUCGCCCUGCAGGGCCCCGAGGCCGAAGCCAGCCUGGAGGUGGCCGCUGGCAAAGCGGAGGGCGGCGGCAUGAAAAUACACAUGCCCAAAGUCAAGGUGCCCAGCGUGGUCUUCUCCAAGCCCACCAUCAAGUCUCCCAAACUGGAGGCAGACGUCAGCCUCCCGCAGGCAGAGCUCAAGGCCACCGACAUCACUGUCACGGCCCCCGAUGUCAAGCUGCCCUCCGUUGAAGGCUCCCUCGAGCUCCAGGCGCCCGACGUAGAUGUCAAAGCUCCCUCCGCCGAGGGCAAGCUGGAGCUGGAAGGCACGGGCCUGAAAGGCAAGCUCAAGAUGCCCAAAUUUGACAAGCCCAAAUUCACAGUCUCCUCCCCCAAGGCCGAGGUGCCCACAGCCGAGGUCAGCCUGCCCAGCGCUGAGGUUGAGCUGCCAUCGGCCACCGUGACGGCCUCAGCCGAGGGCACUGGCGUGAAGCUGGAGAAGCCCUCCCUCAAGAUGCCCAAAGCUAACAUCAAAGCUCCCAAGGUGGACGUCACUCUGCCCUCCGUCGAUGUCACUCUUCCACAAGCCAGCGUCGACCUGCAGGCGCCUGAGGCCAGCCUUAGUCUUGAAGGAGAAGCCAAAGUCCCAGAGAAGGAGGUCACCAAGACCAAGGACGGCAAGUUCAAGAUGCCCAAGUUCGGCAUGCCUUCCUUUGGCUGGUCCGGCAGCAGAGAGGCCAAGGGCACUGUGGCCGCCGAGGUGGACGUCAGCCUCCCGGAGCCUCAGGUGACGGUGCCUUCCGGAACCGCCGAAGUGGAGGUGACCCUGCCCGCGGCCGAUAUCCAAGCGCCUGGUGUGGAGGUCACCGUGGAGACGGGCAGGGUAGCAGCCGAGGGUGAGAAAGGCCGAUUCAAGAUGCCCGACGUCAAGAUGCCCAGCGUCAAGCUGCCCAAAGUAAAAGCUCCCCAGGCACAGGUCAGCCUGCCCAAGGCCGAGGUCUCGCUGCCCAAAGGCCUGGAGGGCGAAGUCGCCCUGCAGGGCCCCGAGGCCGAAGCCAGCCUGGAGGUGGCUGCUGGCAAAGCGGAGGGCAGCGGCAUGAAAAUACACAUGCCCAAAGUCAAGGUGCCCAGCGUGGUCUUCUCCAAGCCCACCAUCAAGUCUCCCAAACUGGAGGCAGACGUCAGCCUCCCGCAGGCAGAGCUCAAGGCCACCGACAUCACUGUCACGGCCCCCGAUGUCAAGCUGCCCUCCGUUGAAGGCUCCCUCGAGCUCCAGGCGCCCGACGUAGAUGUCAAAGCUCCCUCCGCCGAGGGCAAGCUGGAGCUGGAAGGCACGGGCCUGAAAGGCAAGCUCAAGAUGCCCAAAUUUGACAAGCCCAAAUUCACAGUCUCCUCCCCCAAGGCCGAGGUGCCCACAGCCGAGGUCAGCCUGCCCAGCGCUGAGGUUGAGCUGCCAUCGGCCACCGUGACGGCCUCAGCCGAGGGCACUGGCGUGAAGCUGGAGAAGCCCUCCCUCAAGAUGCCCAAAGCUGACAUCAAAGCUCCCAAGGUGGACGUCACUCUGCCCUCCGUCGAUGUCACUCUUCCGCAAGCCAGCGUUGACCUGCAGGCGCCUGAGGCCAGCCUUAGUCUUGAAGGAGAAGCCAAAGUCCCAGAGAAGGAGGUCACCAAGACCAAGGACGGCAAGUUCAAGAUGCCCAAGUUCGGCAUGCCUUCCUUUGGCUGGUCCAGCAGCAGAGAGGCCAAGGGCACCGUGUCUGCCGAGGUGGACGUCAGCCUCCCGGAGCCUCAGGUGACGGUGCCUUCCGGAACCGCCGAAGUGGAGGUGACCCUGCCCGCGGCCGAUAUCCAAGCGCCCGGUGUGGAGGUGACCAUGGAGACGGGCACGGUAGCAGCCGAGGGUGAGAAAGGCCGAUUCAAGAUGCCCGACGUCAAGAUGCCCAGCGUCAAGCUGCCCAAAGUCAAAGCUCCCCAGGCACAGGUCAGCCUGCCCAAGGCCGAGGUCUCGCUGCCCCCCAAAGGCCUGGAGGGCGAAGUCGCCCUGCAGGGCCCCGAGGCCGAAGCCAGCCUGGAGGUGGCCGCUGGCAAAGCGGAGGGCGGCGGCAUGAAAAUACACAUGCCCAAAGUCAAGGUGCCCAGCGUGGUCUUCUCCAAGCCCACCAUCAAGUCUCCCAAACUGGAGGCAGACGUCAGCCUCCUGCAGGCAGAGCUCAAGGCCACCGACAUCACUGUCACGGCCCCCGAUGUCAAGCUGCCCUCCGUUGAAGGCUCCCUUGAGCUCCAGGCGCCCGACGUAGAUGUCAAAGCUCCCUCCGCCGAGGGCAAGCUGGAGCUGGAAGGCACGGGCCUGAAAGGCAAGCUCAAGAUGCCCAAAUUUGACAAGCCCAAAUUCACAGUCUCCUCCCCCAAGGCCGAGGUGCCCACAGCCGAGGUCAGCCUGCCCAGCGCUGAGGUUGAGCUGCCAUCGGCCACCGUGACGGCCUCAGCCGAGGGCACUGGCGUGAAGCUGGAGAAGCCCUCCCUCAAGAUGCCCAAAGCUGACAUCAAAGCUCCCAAGGUGGACGUCACUCUGCCCUCCGUCGAUGUCACUCUUCCGCAAGCCAGCGUCGACCUGCAGGCGCCUGAGGCCAGCCUUAGUCUUGAAGGAGAAGCCAAAGUCCCAGAGAAGGAGGUCACCAAGACCAAGGACGGCAAGUUCAAGAUGCCCAAGUUCGGCAUGCCUUCCUUUGGCUGGUCCAGCAGCAGAGAGGCCAAGGGCACCGUGUCUGCCGAGGUGGACGUCAGCCUCCCGGAGCCUCAGGUGACGGUGCCUUCCGGAACCGCCGAAGUGGAGGUGACCCUGCCCGCGGCCGAUAUCCAAGCGCCCGGUGUGGAGGUGACCGUGGAGACGGGCACGGUAGCAGCAGAGGGUGAGAAAGGCCGAUUCAAGAUGCCCGACGUCAAGAUGCCCAGCGUCAAGCUGCCCAAAGUCAAAGCUCCCCAGGCACAGGUCAGCCUGCCCAAGGCCGAGGUCUCGCUGCCCAAAGGCCUGGAGGGCGAAGUCGCCCUGCAGGGCCCCGAGGCCGAAGCCAGCCUGGAGGUGGCCGCUGGCAAAGCGGAGGGCGGCGGCAUGAAAAUACACAUGCCCAAAGUCAAGGUGCCCAGCGUGGUCUUCUCCAAGCCCACCAUCAAGUCUCCCAAACUGGAGGCAGACGUCAGCCUCCCGCAGGCAGAGCUCAAGGCCACCGACAUCACUGUCACGGCCCCCGAUGUCAAGCUGCCCUCCGUUGAAGGCUCCCUUGAGCUCCAGGCGCCCGACGUAGAUGUCAAAGCUCCCUCCGCCGAGGGCAAGCUGGAGCUGGAAGGCACGGGCCUGAAAGGCAAGCUCAAGAUGCCCAAAUUUGACAAGCCCAAAUUCACAGUCUCCUCCCCCAAGGCCGAGGUGCCCACAGCCGAGGUCAGCCUGCCCAGCGCUGAGGUUGAGCUGCCAUCGGCCACAGUGACGGCCUCAGCCGAGGGCACUGGCGUGAAAUUGGAGAAGCAUUCCCUCAAGAUGCCCAAAGCUGACAUCAAAGCUCCCAAGGUGGACGUCACUCUGCCCUCCGUCGAUGUCACUCUUCCGCAAGCCAGCGUUGACCUGCAGGCGCCUGAGGCCAGCCUUAGUCUUGAAGGAGAAGCCAAAGUCCCAGAGAAGGAGGUCACCAAGACCAAGGACGGCAAGUUCAAGAUGCCCAAGUUCGGCAUGCCUUCCUUUGGCUGGUCCGGCAGCAGAGAGGCCAAGGGCACUGUAGCCGCCGAGGUGGACGUCAGCCUCCCGGAGCCUCAGGUGACGGUGCCUUCCGGAACCGCCGAAGUGGAGGUGACCCUGCCCGCGGCCGAUAUCCAAGCGCCCGGUGUGGAGGUGACCGUGGAGACGGGCACGGUAGCAGCCGAGGGUGAGAAAGACCGAUUCAAGAUGCCCGACGUCAAGAUGCCCAGCGUCAAGCUGCCCAAAGUCAAAGCUCCCCAGGCACAGGUCAGCCUGCCCAAGGCCGAGGUCUCGCUGCCCAAAGGCCUGGAGGGCGAAGUCGCCCUGCAGGGCCCCGAGGCCGAAGCCAGCCUGGAGGUGGCCGCUGGCAAAGCGGAGGGCGGCGGCAUGAAAAUACACAUGCCCAAAGUCAAGGUGCCCAGCGUGGUCUUCUCCAAGCCCACCAUCAAGUCUCCCAAACUGGAGGCAGACGUCAGCCUCCCGCAGGCAGAGCUCAAGGCCACCGACAUCACUGUCACGGCCCCCGAUGUCAAGCUGCCCUCCGUUGAAGGCUCCCUCGAGCUCCAGGCGCCCGACGUAGAUGUCAAAGCUCCCUCCGCCGAGGGCAAGCUGGAGCUGGAAGGCACGGGCCUGAAAGGCAAGCUCAAGAUGCCCAAAUUUGACAAGCCCAAAUUCACAGUCUCCUCCCCCAAGGCCGAGGUGCCCACAGCCGAGGUCAGCCUGCCCAGCGCUGAGGUUGAGCUGCCAUCGGCCACCGUGACGGCCUCAGCCGAGGGCACUGGCGUGAAGCUGGAGAAGCCCUCCCUCAAGAUGCCCAAAGCUGACAUCAAAGCUCCCAAGGUGGACGUCACUCUGCCCUCCGUCGAUGUCACUCUUCCGCAAGCCAGCGUUGACCUGCAGGCGCCUGAGGCCAGCCUUAGUCUUGAAGGAGAAGCCAAAGUCCCAGAGAAGGAGGUCACCAAGACCAAGGACGGCAAGUUCAAGAUGCCCAAGUUCGGCAUGCCUUCCUUUGGCUGGUCCGGCAGCAGAGAGGCCAAGGGCACCGUGUCUGCCGAGGUGGACGUCAGCCUCCCGGAGCCUCAGGUGACGGUGCCUUCCGGAACCGCCGAAGUGGAGGUGACCCUGCCCGCGGCCGAUAUCCAAGCGCCCGGUGUGGAGGUGACCGUGGAGACGGGCACGGUAGCAGCCGAGGGUGAGAAAGGCCGAUUCAAGAUGCCCGACGUCAAGAUGCCCAGCGUCAAGCUGCCCAAAGUCAAAGCUCCCCAGGCACAGGUCAGCCUGCCCAAGGCCGAGGUCUCGCUGCCCCCCAAAGGCCUGGAGGGCGAAGUCGCCCUGCAGGGCCCCGAGGCCGAAGCCAGCCUGGAGGUGGCCGCUGGCAAAGCGGAGGGCGGCGGCAUGAAAAUACACAUGCCCAAAGUCAAGGUGCCCAGCAUGGUCUUCUCCAAGCCCACCAUCAAGUCUCCCAAACUGGAGGCAGACGUCAGCCUCCCGCAGGCAGAGCUCAAGGCCACCGACAUCACUGUCACAGUCCCCGAUGUCAAGCUGCCCUCCGUUGAAGGCUCCCUCGAGCUCCAGGCGCCCCACGUAGAUGUCAAAGCUCCCUCCGCCGAGGGCAAGCUGGAGCUGGAAGGCACGGGCCUGAAAGGCAAGCUCAAGAUGCCCAAAUUUGACAAGCCCAAAUUCACAGUCUCCUCCCCCAAGGCCGAGGUGCCCACAGCCGAGGUCAGCCUGCCCAGCGCUGAGGUUGAGCUGCCAUCGGCCACCGUGACGGCCUCAGCCGAGGGCACUGGCGUGAAAUUGGAGAAGCAUUCCCUCAAGAUGCCCAAAGCUGACAUCAAAGCUCCCAAGGUGGACGUCACUCUGCCCUCCGUCGAUGUCACUCUUCCGCAAGCCAGCGUUGACCUGCAGGCGCCUGAGGCCAGCCUUAGUCUUGAAGGAGAAGCCAAAGUCCCAGAGAAGGAGGUCACCAAGACCAAGGACGGCAAGUUCAAGAUGCCCAAGUUCGGCAUGCCUUCCUUUGGCUGGUCCGGCAGCAAAGAGGCCAAGGGCACUGUGGCCGACGAGGUGGACGUCAGCCUCCCGGAGCCUCAGGUGACGGUGCCUUCCGGAACCGCCGAAGUGGAGGUGACCCUGCCCGCGGCCGAUAUCCAAGCGCCCGGUGUGGAGGUGACCGUGGAGACGGGCACGGUAGCAGCAGAGGGUGAGAAAGGCCGAUUCAAGAUGCCCGACGUCAAGAUGCCCAGCGUCAAGCUGCCCAAAGUCAAAGCUCCCCAGGCGCAGGUCAGCCUGCCCAAGGCCGAGGUCUCGCUGCCCAAAGGCCUGGAGGGCGAAGUCGCCCUGCAGGGCCCCGAGGCCGAAGCCAGCCUGGAGGUGGCCGCUGGCAAAGCGGAGGGCGGCGGCAUGAAAAUACACAUGCCCAAAGUCAAGGUGCCCAGCGUGGUCUUCUCCAAGCCCACCAUCAAGUCUCCCAAACUGGAGGCAGACGUCAGCCUCCCGCAGGCAGAGCUCAAGGCCACCGACAUCACUGUCACGGCCCCCGAUGUCAAGCUGCCCUCCGUUGAAGGCUCCCUCGAGCUCCAGGCGCCCGACGUAGAUGUCAAAGCUCCCUCCGCCAAGGGCAAGCUGGAGCUGGAAGGCACGGGCCUGAAAGGCAAGCUCAAGAUGCCCAAAUUUGACAAGCCCAAAUUCACAGUCUCCUCCCCCAAGGCUGAGGUGCCCACAGCCGAGGUCAGCCUGCCCAGCGCUGAGGUUGAGCUGCCAUCGGCCACCGUGACGGCCUCAGCCGAGGGCACUGGCGUGAAGCUGGAGAAGCCCUCCCUCAAGAUGCCCAAAGCUGACAUCAAAGCUCCCAAGGUGGACGUCACUCUGCCCUCCGUCGAUGUCACUCUUCCGCAAGCCAGCGUCGACCUGCAGGCGCCUGAGGCCAGCCUUAGUCUUGAAGGAGAAGCCAAAGUCCCAGAGAAGGAGGUCACCAAGACCAAGGACGGCAAGUUCAAGAUGCCCAAGUUCGGCAUGCCUUCCUUUGGCUGGUCCAGCAGCAGAGAGGCCAAGGGCACCGUGUCUGCCGAGGUGGACGUCAGCCUCCCGGAGCCUCAGGUGACGGUGCCUUCCGGAACCGCCGAAGUGGAGGUGACCCUGCCCGCGGCCGAUAUCCAAGCGCCCGGUGUGGAGGUGACCGUGGAGAUGGGCACGGUAGCAGCCGAGGGUGAGAAAGGCCGAUUCAAGAUGCCCGACGUCAAGAUGCCUAGCGUCAAGCUGCCCAAAGUCAAAGCUCCCCAGGCACAGGUCAGCCUGCCCAAGGCCGAGGUCUCACUGCCCAAAGGCCUGGAGGGCGAAGUCGCCCUGCAGGGCCCCGAGGCCGAAGCCAGCCUGGAGGUGGCCGCUGGCAAAGCGGAGGGCGGCGGCAUGAAAAUACACAUGCCCAAAGUCAAGGUGCCCAGCGUGGUCUUCUCCAAGCCCACCAUCAAGUCUCCCAAACUGGAGGCAGACGUCAGCCUCCCGCAGGCAGAGCUCAAGGCCACCGACAUCACUGUCACGGCCCCCGAUGUCAAGCUGCCCUCCGUUGAAGGCUCCCUUGAGCUCCAGGCGCCCGACGUAGAUGUCAAAGCUCCCUCCGCCGAGGGCAAGCUGGAGCUGGAAGGCACGGGCCUGAAAGGCAAGCUCAAGAUGCCCAAAUUUGACAAGCCCAAAUUCACAGUCUCCUCCCCCAAGGCCGAGGUGCCCACAGCCGAGGUCAGCCUGCCCAGCGCUGAGGUUGAGCUGCCAUCGGCCACCGUGACGGCCUCAGCCGAGGGCACUGGCGUGAAGCUGGAGAAGCCCUCCCUCAAGAUGCCCAAAGCUGACAUCAAAGCUCCCAAGGUGGACGUCACUCUGCCCUCCGUCGAUGUCACUCUUCCGCAAGCCAGCGUUGACCUGCAGGCGCCUGAGGCCAGCCUUAGUCUUGAAGGAGAAGCCAAAGUCCCAGAGAAGGAGGUCACCAAGACCAAGGACGGCAAGUUCAAGAUGCCCAAGUUCGGCAUGCCUUCCUUUGGCUGGUCCAGCAGCAGAGAGGCCAAGGGCACCGUGUCUGCCGAGGUGGACGUCAGCCUCCCGGAGCCUCAGGUGACGGUGCCUUCCGGAACCGCCGAAGUGGAGGUGACCCUGCCCGCGGCCGAUAUCCAAGCGCCCGGUGUGGAGGUGACCGUGGAGACGGGCACGGUAGCAGCCGAGGGUGAGAAAGGCCGAUUCAAGAUGCCCGACGUCAAGAUGCCUAGCGUCAAGCUGCCCAAAGUCAAAGCUCCCCAGGCACAGGUCAGCCUGCCCAAGGCCGAGGUCUCGCUGCCCAAAGGCCUGGAGGGCGAAGUCGCCCUGCAGGGCCCCGAGGCCGAAGCCAGCCUGGAGGUGGCCGCUGGCAAAGCAGAGGGCGGCGGCAUGAAAAUACACAUGCCCAAAGUCAAGGUGCCCAGCGUGGUCUUCUCCAAGCCCACCAUCAAGUCUCCCAAACUGGAGGCAGACGUCAGCCUCCCGCAGGCAGAGCUCAAGGCCACCGACAUCACUGUCACGGCCCCCGAUGUCAAGCUGCCCUCCGUUGAAGGCUCCCUUGAGCUCCAGGCGCCCGACGUAGAUGUCAAAGCUCCCUCCGCCGAGGGCAAGCUGGAGCUGGAAGGCACGGGCCUGAAAGGCAAGCUCAAGAUGCCCAAAUUUGACAAGCCCAAAUUCACAGUCUCCUCCCCCAAGGCCGAGGUGCCCACAGCCGAGGUCAGCCUGCCCAGCGCUGAGGUUGAGCUGCCAUCGGCCACCGUGACGGCCUCAGCCGAGGGCACUGGCGUGAAGCUGGAGAAGCCCUCCCUCAAGAUGCCCAAAGCUGACAUCAAAGCUCCCAAGGUGGACGUCACUCUGCCCUCCGUCGAUGUCACUCUUCCGCAAGCCAGCGUUGACCUGCAGGCGCCUGAGGCCAGCCUUAGUCUUGAAGGAGAAGCCAAAGUCCCAGAGAAGGAGGUCACCAAGACCAAGGACGGCAAGUUCAAGAUGCCCAAGUUCGGCAUGCCUUCCUUUGGCUGGUCCAGCAGCAGAGAGGCCAAGGGCACCGUGUCUGCCGAGGUGGACGUCAGCCUCCCGGAGCCUCAGGUGACGGUGCCUUCCGGAACCGCCGAAGUGGAGGUGACCCUGCCCGCGGCCGAUAUCCAAGCGCCCGGUGUGGAGGUGACCGUGGAGACGGGCACGGUAGCAGCAGAGGGUGAGAAAGGCCGAUUCAAGAUGCCCGACGUCAAGAUGCCCAGCGUCAAGCUGCCCAAAGUCAAAGCUCCCCAGGCACAGGUCAGCCUGCCCAAGGCCGAGGUCUCGCUGCCCAAAGGCCUGGAGGGCGAAGUCGCCCUGCAGGGCCCCGAGGCCGAAGCCAGCCUGGAGGUGGCCGCUGGCAAAGCGGAGGGCGGCGGCAUGAAAAUACACAUGCCCAAAGUCAAGGUGCCCAGCGUGGUCUUCUCCAAGCCCACCAUCAAGUCUCCCAAACUGGAGGCAGACGUCAGCCUCCCGCAGGCAGAGCUCAAGGCCACCGACAUCACUGUCACGGCCCCCGAUGUCAAGCUGCCCUCCGUUGAAGGCUCCCUCGAGCUCCAGGCGCCCGACGUAGAUGUCAAAGCUCCCUCCGCCGAGGGCAAGCUGGAGCUGGAAGGCACGGGCCUGAAAGGCAAGCUCAAGAUGCCCAAAUUUGACAAGCCCAAAUUCACAGUCUCCUCCCCCAAGGCCGAGGUGCCCACAGCCGAGGUCAGCCUGCCCAGCGCUGAGGUUGAGCUGCCAUCGGCCACCGUGACGGCCUCAGCCGAGGGCACUGGCGUGAAGCUGGAGAAGCCCUCCCUCAAGAUGCCCAAAGCUGACAUCAAAGCUCCCAAGGUGGACGUCACUCUGCCCUCCGUCGAUGUCACUCUUCCGCAAGCCAGCGUCGACCUGCAGGCGCCUGAGGCCAGCCUUAGUCUUGAAGGAGAAGCCAAAGUCCCAGAGAAGGAGGUCACCAAGACCAAGGACGGCAAGUUCAAGAUGCCCAAGUUCGGCAUGCCUUCCUUUGGCUGGUCCAGCAGCAGAGAGGCCAAGGGCACCGUGUCUGCCGAGGUGGACGUCAGCCUCCCGGAGCCUCAGGUGACGGUGCCUUCCGGAACCGCCGAAGUGGAGGUGACCCUGCCCGCGGCCGAUAUCCAAGCGCCCGGUGUGGAGGUGACCGUGGAGACGGGCACGGUAGCAGCCGAGGGUGAGAAAGGCCGAUUCAAGAUGCCCGACGUCAAGAUGCCUAGCGUCAAGCUGCCCAAAGUCAAAGCUCCCCAGGCACAGGUCAGCCUGCCCAAGGCCGAGGUCUCGCUGCCCAAAGGCCUGGAGGGCGAAGUCGCCCUGCAGGGCCCCGAGGCCGAAGCCAGCCUGGAGGUGGCCGCUGGCAAAGCGGAGGGCGGCGGCAUGAAAAUACACAUGCCCAAAGUCAAGGUGCCCAGCGUGGUCUUCUCCAAGCCCACCAUCAAGUCUCCCAAACUGGAGGCAGACGUCAGCCUCCCGCAGGCAGAGCUCAAGGCCACCGACAUCACUGUCACGGCCCCCGAUGUCAAGCUGCCCUCCGUUGAAGGCUCCCUUGAGCUCCAGGCGCCCGACGUAGAUGUCAAAGCUCCCUCCGCCGAGGGCAAGCUGGAGCUGGAAGGCACGGGCCUGAAAGGCAAGCUCAAGAUGCCCAAAUUUGACAAGCCCAAAUUCACAGUCUCCUCCCCCAAGGCCGAGGUGCCCACAGCCGAGGUCAGCCUGCCCAGCGCUGAGGUUGAGCUGCCAUCGGCCACCGUGACGGCCUCAGCCGAGGGCACUGGCGUGAAGCUGGAGAAGCCCUCCCUCAAGAUGCCCAAAGCUGACAUCAAAGCUCCCAAGGUGGACGUCACUCUGCCCUCCGUCGAUGUCACUCUUCCGCAAGCCAGCGUUGACCUGCAGGCGCCUGAGGCCAGCCUUAGUCUUGAAGGAGAAGCCAAAGUCCCAGAGAAGGAGGUCACCAAGACCAAGGACGGCAAGUUCAAGAUGCCCAAGUUCGGCAUGCCUUCCUUUGGCUGGUCCAGCAGCAGAGAGGCCAAGGGCACCGUGUCUGCCGAGGUGGACGUCAGCCUCCCGGAGCCUCAGGUGACGGUGCCUUCCGGAACCGCCGAAGUGGAGGUGACCCUGCCCGCGGCCGAUAUCCAAGCGCCCGGUGUGGAGGUGACCGUGGAGACGGGCACGGUAGCAGCAGAGGGUGAGAAAGGCCGAUUCAAGAUGCCCGACGUCAAGAUGCCCAGCGUCAAGCUGCCCAAAGUCAAAGCUCCCCAGGCACAGGUCAGCCUGCCCAAGGCCGAGGUCUCGCUGCCCAAAGGCCUGGAGGGCGAAGUCGCCCUGCAGGGCCCCGAGGCCGAAGCCAGCCUGGAGGUGGCCGCUGGCAAAGCGGAGGGCGGCGGCAUGAAAAUACACAUGCCCAAAGUCAAGGUGCCCAGCGUGGUCUUCUCCAAGCCCACCAUCAAGUCUCCCAAACUGGAGGCAGACGUCAGCCUCCCGCAGGCAGAGCUCAAGGCCACCGACAUCACUGUCACGGCCCCCGAUGUCAAGCUGCCCUCCGUUGAAGGCUCCCUCGAGCUCCAGGCGCCCGACGUAGAUGUCAAAGCUCCCUCCGCCGAGGGCAAGCUGGAGCUGGAAGGCACGGGCCUGAAAGGCAAGCUCAAGAUGCCCAAAUUUGACAAGCCCAAAUUCACAGUCUCCUCCCCCAAGGCCGAGGUGCCCACAGCCGAGGUCAGCCUGCCCAGCGCUGAGGUUGAGCUGCCAUCGGCCACCGUGACGGCCUCAGCCGAGGGCACUGGCGUGAAGCUGGAGAAGCCCUCCCUCAAGAUGCCCAAAGCUGACAUCAAAGCUCCCAAGGUGGACGUCACUCUGCCCUCCGUCGAUGUCACUCUUCCGCAAGCCAGCGUCGACCUGCAGGCGCCUGAGGCCAGCCUUAGUCUUGAAGGAGAAGCCAAAGUCCCAGAGAAGGAGGUCACCAAGACCAAGGACGGCAAGUUCAAGAUGCCCAAGUUCGGCAUGCCUUCCUUUGGCUGGUCCGGCAGCAGAGAGGCCAAGGGCACCGUGUCUGCCGAGGUGGACGUCAGCCUCCCGGAGCCUCAGGUGACGGUGCCUUCCGGAACCGCCGAAGUGGAGGUGACCCUGCCCGCGGCCGAUAUCCAAGCGCCCGGUGUGGAGGUGACCGUGGAGACGGGCACGGUAGCAGCCGAGGGUGAGAAAGGCCGAUUCAAGAUGCCCGACGUCAAGAUGCCCAGCGUCAAGCUGCCCAAAGUCAAAGCUCCCCAGGCACAGGUCAGCCUGCCCAAGGCCGAGGUCUCGCUGCCCAAAGGCCUGGAGGGCGAAGUCGCCCUGCAGGGCCCCGAGGCCGAAGCCAGCCUGGAGGUGGCCGCUGGCAAAGCGGAGGGCGGCGGCAUGAAAAUACACAUGCCCAAAGUCAAGGUGCCCAGCGUGGUCUUCUCCAAGCCCACCAUCAAGUCUCCCAAACUGGAGGCAGACGUCAGCCUCCCGCAGGCAGAGCUCAAGGCCACCGACAUCACUGUCACGGCCCCCGAUGUCAAGCUGCCCUCCGUUGAAGGCUCCCUUGAGCUCCAGGCGCCCGACGUAGAUGUCAAAGCUCCCUCCGCCGAGGGCAAGCUGGAGCUGGAAGGCACGGGCCUGAAAGGCAAGCUCAAGAUGCCCAAAUUUGACAAGCCCAAAUUCACAGUCUCCUCCCCCAAGGCCGAGGUGCCCACAGCCGAGGUCAGCCUGCCCAGCGCUGAGGUUGAGCUGCCAUCGGCCACCGUGACGGCCUCAGCCGAGGGCACUGGCGUGAAGCUGGAGAAGCCCUCCCUCAAGAUGCCCAAAGCUGACAUCAAAGCUCCCAAGGUGGACGUCACUCUGCCCUCCGUCGAUGUCACUCUUCCGCAAGCCAGCGUCGACCUGCAGGCGCCUGAGGCCAGCCUUAGUCUUGAAGGAGAAGCCAAAGUCCCAGAGAAGGAGGUCACCAAGACCAAGGACGGCAAGUUCAAGAUGCCCAAGUUUGGCAUGCCUUCCUUUGGCUGGUCCAGCAGCAGAGAGGCCAAGGGCACCGUGGCCGCCGAGGUGGACGUCAGCCUCCCAGAGUCUCAAAUGACAUUGUCCUCGGGACCUGCCAUCCUGGAUGUAACAUUUUCUGAGUCUGAGAUCCAAGCACCAAGCUUUGAUGUUGCUGUAGAUUCUUCUUCUUGUAAAGAGGAGGAAGCUGGUAAAUCUAAAUCUUCUCUGUUUAAAAUGCCUAAAAUUUCUCUUUCUAAAAGUUUCAAACCUCAUGCACAAAGCCAAUCUGGAUAUGAUGUUUCUGUUUCUGAAACUCUUUGUUAUCCUUCAACUGAGGAAGCGUCUUCUGUUCCUUCUGAGAGUGUCGAACCUAAACGUUUUUCUGAUAUUAAGGGGGUUAGUGCAUCUAAAAGUACUAAAUUCAAUGUUCCUAGCAUUGGUUUCUCUAAAUCUGAAGUGACUUCAUCUAAAAUUGAUCUGGAGUCCUCAUUACAAAGGGGGGAUAUUACUCUUACUAAAUACCAAAUUAAUUUAACCGAAUCGGAAUCAAAAAUAGCACCUCUUGCUGAUGAAAAUCUUUCAGAUUUUGAAAUUUUAAAUGAAGAUGGUUCUGAGGAGCAAGGAGUUUUAAAGCUAGAGGGCAAAACCACAUCUGCUGAAAUAUCUUUGGUUGACACAGAGGUCACAAUUAAAAUUCCUAAAUUCCGAAAACCAAAAUUCAGAAUUCGAUCUAAGGGAAAAGCAUCUGAAAGUGACAUUGGUUCCAUCGUGGAAACUGAACUUUCCAAGGGAAGGAUAACAUCUGAUAUGACCGGUCCUGAUAUUGAAAAACCAGCUCAAAUAUCUGAUGCCCAUCUUGGUGUAAAGUUGCAUAAGCCUUCACUUGAAGUUGUUCUGGAUGCACCAACAAUGGAUCCAAAUCUCUCACCCAUGGAGGUUUCCUUGCCGAACUUAGAAGCAGAGAUCCAUGGCCCAGAUUUAGAGUGCAAGGCAGAACAGGAAGUAGUUACAGGAGAAAAGAGCACUGAGGAGAAAGAAAACAAAUUUAAAUCAUCAAAAUUCAAACUGCCUUCAUUUAGGUGGUCCCCAAAGAAAGAAGCUAUUGCUCCUUCUCAUGUUGAGGAACAUGUGGAAGGACCCACUUUGUCUGGAGACAUGGGAUCUGAAUUAGCUUUUCCUACUCCUGAGAAUCAAUACCUUCAUGAAGAAUUUGAUACAACAGAAAAAGAUGGUGAAAAGGCCAAAACCAAGAAGUCCCAAUUUACCAUGCCAAAGAUCUCAUUCCCUAAAAUUAAGGGUCAGAAAGUACAGGUCUCUCUGCCUGUAGUGGAAACUGAUGUUUCUGGACCCAAACAAGAAAAAGAAGGUGUUUCUGUUCAGAAAUCUGAGAAAGGAAGUAGUGGAGAAGUUGCAGGACUGGGAAUAAAAGUGCCUAAAGUUACAGUCCCAACUUCAGAAUUUUCUAAACCAGAAGCCAAAACUCCCAAAAUAGAGAUGGAUAUUAGCAUCCCGACAGGUGAGGUCAAAGUUCCUACCUGUGAAGGAGAUGAUCUGACACUGAAAUCAGCUGCUGCCAGUGCCAGCCUCCCCACCUCAGAGAUUAAGAUGACACCUGAAGGUUCGCUUGAGGUGAAGAGUCCUGACAUAAGUAUUGAAAGAACAUCAAGUGAAAUUGCUGUAGGUGAUGUAGAGAUAAAAGCUGAAGGUUCUGAAGGGAAACCAAAAUUGUCUAAAUUCCAAAUGCCAAAGGUAGGAAUUACACUUUCUAAAGGGAAAGGGUCAGAAAAGGAUGUUGGUCAAUCCAAAUCAGAAGUCAAGGUUCCCCAACUAAAAGCAACAGUAGAAAUAUCUGACAUUGCUGUUGAAGGACCAGACUUGAAGGUAGAAUGUGGCACAGAAACAAGGACUUACAGUCCUGAAGCCAAAAUUACCAAAACUGACAGUAAGACAUCAGAGGCUGAUGUUCACCUCCCAUCAGCUGACAUUCCUAUUCCAAAAACAGACAGUGAUAUUCAGGAUUCAGAUGCAGCAGUAAAGAUCAAGGGGGAAAUAAAGCAAGAUGGAGAUGGAGAAGAGAAAGAAGGACAUUUCAAAAUGCCCAAAUUCAAACUUCCAUCCUUCAGUUGGUCACCAAAGAAGGAAGCAAGUGUUAAAUCUGAUUCUGAAGCAAAUUUGGAAGACCAAAAGCUUGCUGUCAUGUCAAGCAGAAUAGACACAGAAGUGAAAGAAUCUGCAACUGAUGAUCAAGGUAGUGGGCCAGACCUUGAUCUGGAAAUAUCUGCAGGAAAAGUUGAACAAAAAAGUCCAGUUAAAAAGCCUCAAUUUGUCAUGCCUAAAAUUUCACUCUCCAAGAUCAAGGUUCCAAAAUCUCAAAAAGUUGAAGCUGAUGCUACUCUUCCUAAAAGAGAAAUAGAGGGUGAUGAUUCUGUUAAGAUACCUGAUAUAGAAAAAUGUCAUCCUGAAGGGACUGAUGAAGGGGCACAAAUCAAUAUAAAACUGGCUGACACUACGGUCCACACUCUGGAGUUUUCCAGAGUAGAAACUGAGGCCUAUAAAACUGAAAUAACAGUCAGCUCAGCAAAGAUUGAUGCUUCUUUAACUCCCUCAGAGGGGAGUUUUCAACAGGUUGACUUAAAAAUAAGUUCUACCAAUGAAUGUAACAUUCAAAAAACAGGUACUAAGCUCCCCAAAGGAGAAGCUUCAGUUGAUUUGAAGAGCCCUGAUAUAUUAACUGAAAGCUCAUCAGUUGUGGAUGGAAGAAAAGUGAAGCUGGAAGGUCCUGAAGGGAAGAUUAAAAUCCCCAAAUUCCAGAAGGGAAAGUUUGGAAUCUCCCGAACAAAAGGGAAAGUCCCAGAGACAGAGAUCAGCUCUCCAAAAAUAGAAGCUGAGCUGCCCCAACUAAGAACAACAAACGAAAUUGCUGACAUUGCUGUGGGAGUUCCAGCAUCAGAACUUAUAUCUGAUAUGUCAGAUCCUGGAGUAGUUGAUGGUAAGAUAAAAACACCCCAAGCUCUGACAGGUGGCAUUGAAGAUGCAAAAGUAGCCAUAAGCACCAAACCAAAGACAGAGGGAGUUAGUGAGAGUCUUGAGGAGAAGGAAAUCAAAUUAAAAGAACAUGAAAUAAAAGCUGAAGAAGUUCAGACUGAAGAACAUCAAGGAUGGUUUAAAAUGCCCAAAUUCAGAAUACCUGGAUUUGGCAGGUCAUCCUUAAAGGAAAAGAGAAGUGAUGCCGAUAUUGAAAGAAGUAUGGAAAAAGCUCAGGCAACUAUUCCCUCCGUUAAAGUACAAACUGAAACAAGUGCUCCUGAAAAUACCUUCUCAUUACCACAUGCAGUUGCUGAAAUUACUAUUGGAAAAGAAGGGAUUCAAAAAUUAGAAGAUUCUGUGAAGAGUUCUAAUAUUAGCUUGCCAAAGAUUGAAGGUGAUAUUUCGUUAUCCACAGAAAGAACAGACAGUAGAGUGAGUAUUCCAAAACCUGAAACUUACGCAGAUGUAGUUAAGCACAGUGCUGAAGGACAUACUUCAGAAAUCACAGUGUCUGCAGCAGAAUUGUCUAAAUCAUCUAAAUCAUACCCAAGCACUUCAGAAACUGACAAAGACAAGAGUUCAACACAUAGGUUUCCUUCGUGUACUCUGACAUUUCCAGAGCAUAAAGGCAAAUCACAGGAUAUAAAUGUCCCAAAGGUAGAAAGUUCCAUGAAGUUAGAGACAUCAGGGGUAGGAUGCAAGCCGUCAUCAGCUGAAAUUACUCUGGAUGCAACACAGAAGAGAAUAGAUGUUAAUCUUCCAAAGGAAGAGCUAGAUAUUCAAAACAAAAAGGCAGCAAUUAAAAAAGGAAAGAUAAAGGGGGAGGUGAAAAUCACAGGAAAAGACGGUGAAGAAAGUCAAUUAAAAAGGACUACGUGUGAAUGGUCUACAGGAAAAGGAUCAGAAGAUGGUACUUAUGUUACUGCUAAGAUGGAAGACCUAAAGAUAGAACUUCCAACAUUGAAGACGGAUGUUAAAAUUACAGGAGUAGAUCCUGAAAUGAAAUUUCGAGUGAAGAGUGUUGAAAAGGAUGUGUCUGCAGGAGUGGAAGUGCAAGUAGAAGACAGAGCAGAAACAAGUAAAAUAAAAGCAUACAAGUUUAAGAUUCCAAGGUUUGGAAUGUUGCAUUCUGAAAUCAAGGGGUUUGAAGAUGAUACCGAUUUGCCAAAGUCCGAAGCUGAUUCAGCACCUAAAAGUGAAAGAGGCACAGCAGAAAUGCAGUUACAAAAACCAGAAGGAUCAAUUGGCCUGAAAAGUCCAGGUCUAGAUUGUAUAGAAGCAUCUGCCAGAGUAACAGGGGAAACAGUGGACCAAACACAAGGUGUUCCAGAAGUAACUGUAAGAAUUCCCAAACUAAAAAUACCAAGAUUCACUUUUAGAACUCCCCCAAUUGAGGCUGAUGUUUUACUGUCAAAAGUAGUAACAGAUCCAAAGGGUUCUAGUACUGACAUUGAAAUAGUGCAACUGCAAGCAAGCUCUGCUAUCCCUGAAGAAACAGCAGGAGCUGUAGAGGGGGGUAUUCAAAAAGCAAAAAGCAAAAUUAUGACACUGACUGAACCUGACAUUAAAACAGCCCAAAUGACAGCUACCAUAGAGUCCUCCCUUUCAAGUGCAGGGCAAGACAUUCAUUGGUCUUACAUAGAGGGCCAAGAAGUAAGUGAAAAAGUAGAACCUGAACAUGUUGCUAUUGAGCGGUGUGAGAUUUACACUGCUGAAAUAGUGAAAGAGUCAGAGAUUCUGUCAUCAGAGGUCAAAACUGCUACUUUGGGAUUCUCGUUGCUCAAGGCCAAGUUGCCUGAAUCUCACAGUGAUUUAGAUGUGCAGGUCCAGCAGCCAUCUCCAACAGGAGAUGCAUCAGUGAGAAAACCUACAGGUGCUGGUGAAAGCUUUGGAGUAGCAGCACAGGGAAGUGGCGGUGCUGAGCUUAAACUAUCUCACAAACCACACCGUGGGUCUGAAGAAUCUAGAGGAAAAGUAAGUCUGUCAAAGUUAAAAACAUCUGCUGCUGAAGUAAAGGGUUCCAGUAAACUUGAAGAGAGUUUUCCUGAUAAAUCACCAGAGGGAAUAACUGCAGCUCCUCUCUCUGAAGAAGAAGAUGUAGUUGAAGCAGUGGAAGGUGAAGAAAAAGACAUAACCAAUGAGAAAGAAAAGACUGAUAGUAAAAGAUCUCCUGGAAGAUUUAAAUUUUGGCUUCCAAGUAUUGGCUUUUCAUCUUCUGGGGAUGAAACAAGCAUAGAUGCAAAAGCAGAAAUAAAAAAAUCAGUUCCAGAAGAUGUGAAACCUGCUGACACAUCAGAUGAUUCCUCUAAGCAGGCUGAAAAAGCUGGAUGGUUUAGAUUUCCCAAGCUUGGUUUCACAUCUCCUUCCAAAAAGGCUAAGUCUGUUGACAAAGAAGAGGGGGAUCAUAAAGAGGGGACACUCUCAGAUGAAGAUAGCCCAACAGAUAAGCCAGAUGUGUUUUUUGAUGCACAAGAAAGCUUAUCACCUAAAGAAAUAGGAGAAGGUGAAAAAGCUGAAAUUGAUGGGGCCUCAUCUAUUGUGACAUCUUCAGCAAGAACUGAACUAAUCUUGUUGGAGGAAGAAAAAGAUAGUAAAUCUAAUAUUGUUGGAGAUACAGCCAAAUGAAGGUUGUAUUUUCUCAAUCCUCAAUGAAAACAAAAUCAUCCACAGAAAAGAAUGUUUUCCUAAUUUUCUACUUACUGAAAAUUAAAAGCCAAGGUUGGUAUU